ACGUCUCACCCCACCACCUUCUUCUUAAAUGAUAAAUCUACGGGACGUUCGUCAACAACUGCCACCUUUAUUAUUUCUGCACUGCCUGACAAAUUAACUAAGUGCCAAAUCCUCAGCUUCUGAACAUUUCAGCCCUGAAGCUGAAAUAUCAUUCCAUCAGUUCUCCUUCUUCUUCUUCUUCUUCUUCUUUUUCAUUCAGAGAAAAAGUCUUCGUUCCCACUCCCCUUCCCUUCACCUCCUCCACAUCCACAUGGCGAUGAUGGCUAACAGAGAUUCAGUAAAAUGGCUGUUACUGUCUUUUCUGUGGUAUCUAACCGUAGUCUUUGCUGUCUCCACAGCUACCCUCUCCUCACUAAAGAAGACUUAUAUCGUUCAUAUGGAUAAGUCGGUGCUGCCGGAGUCAUUCGCGGACCACCUCGAAUGGUACUCAUCUACUGUCAAGUCAGUAAUGGCCACACCUCAAUCAGAAGAUGAGGAUGCCUCCGAGCGGAUAAUUUACAGUUAUGAAACAGCGUUUCAUGGGUUUGCUGCCAGGCUUAUUGAAGAAGAAGCUCAGAGACUGGAGGAGGGGUAUGGCGUUCUGGCCGUGUAUCCAGAAACUGUCUACCACCUACACACCACGAGGAGUCCUAUGUUCCUCGGGCUCGAAACGGAAGACAGCACCAGUACUGUUUGGUCUGAUACCUUAUCCGAUCAUGAUGUCGUAGUGGGAGUGCUGGAUACUGGAAUAUGGCCAGAGAGUGCAAGCUUCAAUGACACAGGCAUGAAACCGGUUCCUGCACAGUGGAAGGGAGCCUGUGAGACGGGCCGAGGCUUUACGACAGACAAUUGCAACAAGAAGAUAAUCGGUGCCCGGAUCUUCUACCGUGGAUAUGAAGCUGCUUCCGGGAAGAUCAACGAGCAGGACGAGUACAAAUCGCCGAGAGAUCAGGAUGGACACGGCACCCAUACUGCAGCCACAGUUGCGGGCUCCCCCGUAGAAGGUGCAAACCUUCUAGGCUACGCUCGAGGGACGGCCCGAGGAAUGGCACCCAGGGCAAGAGUGGCAGCUUACAAGGUGUGUUGGCUUGAUGGGUGUUUCAGUUCGGAUAUUCUUUCUGCAGUAGACCGAGCCGUGGCUGAUGGUGUCAACGUGUUGUCAAUCUCCCUGGGAGGCGGUGUCUCUUCUUAUUACCGCGAUAGUUUGUCCAUAGCCACUUUUGUGGCUAUGGAGAAGGGCGUAUUCGUUUCCUGCUCGGCUGGAAAUGGAGGGCCUGAUCCAAUCAGUCUCACCAAUGUAUCUCCUUGGGUCAUCACAGUUGGAGCCAGCACCAUGGACAGGGAUUUCCCAUCUACAGUAAAACUGGGGAAUGGUCACCUUUCGUCUGGGGUCUCACUCUACAAAGGCCGGAGAAACCUGUCAGCAAAGAAGCAAUACCCUCUGGCUUACAUGGGGAGCAAUUCCAGUAGCCCUGAUCCAAGCUCCUUGUGUCUUGAGGGGACUCUAGAUCCACGUACUGUGGCUGGGAAAAUUGUGAUUUGCGAUCGUGGUGUCAACCCAAGAGUAGAGAAGGGUCAAGUGGUGAAAUCUGCAGGUGGAGUGGGCAUGAUCCUAUCAAAUACUGCUGCCAAUGGGGAAGAGCUGGUUGCAGACAGCCACCUCCUUCCAGCAGUUGCAGUUGGAGCAGAGGCUGGAAAAGCCAUCAAGCGCUAUGCCCUAACAAAUUCACGCCCAACUGCAACUCUAGCGAUUCUUGGCACAAAGUUAAGCAUACGGCCUUCCCCUGUGGUGGCAGCAUUCUCAUCUAGAGGGCCCAACUUCCUCACACUUGAAAUUCUGAAGCCUGACGUAGUGGCGCCUGGUGUGAACAUCCUUGCAGCAUGGACCGGCAAAGCAGGGCCAUCAGGUUUGCCAACUGACCGUCGGAGAGUGAGGUUUAAUAUCUUGUCCGGGACUUCUAUGUCAUGCCCGCAUGUCAGUGGGGUAGCUGCCUUGCUCAAGGCUAAGCAUCCAGAAUGGAGUCCAGCGGCGAUAAAAUCAUCCCUAAUGACCACAGCUUACAUCCAUGAUAAUACACGCAACCCACUCAAAGAUGCCUCAACUGGUAAACCUUCAAAUCCAUUCGGCCAUGGGGCUGGUCACCUAAACCCACUGAAAGCUCUUGACCCUGGCCUGAUCUAUGACAUGGGCGUGCAGGAUUACUUUGAAUUCCUCUGCACACAGAAGCUAACACCAAUGCAGCUCAAAGUCUUCACCAAGUCCUCGAACAGAUCCUGCCAUCACACUCUUGCAAACCCAGGUGAUCUAAACUAUCCUGCCAUUUCUGCCGUAUUUCCAGAACAGCACUCUAUUUCUCUCUUGACACUUCACAGGACUGUCACCAAUGUUGGAUCCCCUGUUUCAACCUACCAUGCCAGAGUCUCCCAGUUCAAAGGUGCUUCUGUCUCAGUAGAGCCAAAAACACUCCAAUUUACAAGCAAACACCGGAAACUAGCAUACAAGAUCACCUUCACCACAAAAUCUCGGCAAUCAAUGCCGGAAUUCGGAAAUUUGAUAUGGAGUGAUGGAAUACACAAGGUAAGGAGCCCAAUAGUAAUCACAUGGCUAGAACCAAUAUAAGUGUUUUGAUGAGAAUCUAGAAGAUGACACGAAUAAACAAAGGUAUCCAAGAGUUCUGCGGCUCAUCCAUUUUUAUUACAUAGAAUGGCUUUUCUUCCUUUUUCAUACAGAAUAACAGAAAUCUUGUAGUAUUCAGUAAAGGAUAAUAAAUCAAGUUGAAUUAA